AGCCGGACGUCACGGCGAUCCGUUUUUCCUCGGCGUGUUUUCCAGUAGCCGCGGCGCUCCGCGUCGAUUUCACGCACAAUGCCUCUAAUUGCGGCGGGGGAGACGACUUCGAAAUUCUCGCGCUGCGUGGGCACGCUCGUGGCGACACUAGCCGCGUUCUCGAUCGGCACGUAUCUGUCGUGGUCGUCCUCCGCGUUGCCGCAUUACCGGAGGAGCGACACGCUGCGAUCCGUCGGCGAUCAGGAGGCCUCCUGGAUCACCUCGCUGCUCCCUCUCGGCGCGAUCCCCAGCGUCCUGCCGGCGGUGAUGCUGGCGGACAAAUUCGGCCGAAAACGGACGAUCUGGGCGGCCGGUGUGCUCUUGUUCACCUGCUGGUACAUCGUCGCGUUCGCGCGGACCGAGACUUGGCUUUUUCUGGCACGGUUCGCGGCCGGGUCGGCGUGCGGCGCAGCAUCAGUCGUUGUUCCCAUGUUCAUCUCCGAGAUCGCCGAGCGGCGGAGCACCUGGGACUCGCUUGGCGUUUUCCGCUCGCAGAUCACCGCCGGGAUCCUCUUCGCGUACGCCACCGCAUUCGCCGAUGGCGCGUGCGUCAUCGCGAUAUUGUGCUCCGCGGCGCCCGCUCUGCUUUUGAUCUCCUUGCCGUUCGUGCCGGAAUCACCGGUGUGGCUGCAAGACCGGAGGACGUGCGACACGCUCAGCCACUUCGGAGGCUCGUCUCGCGCGGAGACGGGAUCGACGAAGCGCGUCGCGGAAACGCGAGCCGGCAUUUCCGAGCUGUGGGACCAUCGCCAUCGCCGGCCGAUCUGCAUCGUGCUCGGUCUAAUAUUUUUCCAGCAGCUCUCCGGCGUGAACGCCCUGAUAUUUCAUGCGAGUGAGAUCUUCGACACCACGGGCGUCUCAUCGCCGGAUCCCGUUCUGUCGUCCGUGAUCGUCGGCGUCGUGCAACUGAUCGCCACCUGUUUCUCGACCGUUAUAAUCGAGCGAGCGAACAAAAAGCUACUGUUGUUCGUCAGCGCGUCGACGAUGGCCACCUCCAUGUUCACGCUGUCGGGAUACUUCCAUUUCCAGAACUCGCGCGAACUCUCGAGCGUCUUCUGGAUCCCGUUGCUCUCGUGUGCGGUAUUCAUCGCGACCUUCAGCCUCGGCUUCGGCCCGCUACCGUGGAUGAUGCUCGGCGAGCUCUUCGCCGAGAACGCGAGGCGCGCGGCCGUCCCCGUUGUCGCGAUGUGGAGUUGGACUUUGGCUUUCCUGGCGACCAAGUGCUUCCGGAACAUGGUGGACCUCAUGGGAACCUCGUCGUCCUUCGCCACGUUCGGUAUGAUCAGUUUAAUCGGCGCCGCAUUCGUCUCCGCGUUGGUACCGGAGAGGAGGACCAAGAGCGCGGAGGAGGUCCAAAUCGAAUUGUGCCGAGCUUGCGACAGGAACCGGAGGGAGCUUGCGAUAGGAACCCGGCCGAAGCCGGACGAAGCGACUGAAACGCCGGAAACUACGGAUGUCGCGGUCAUCGAACGUACCAGCACACUAGACUUGUGUCUCACGUGAACUCCGACACGAGCUCUCGUGCACCGAGAAGAUUCCUUCGGAUUUAAUCAAUUCCAUCGCAUCCAAACAAAUUUCAUCAUUGGCUCCAAAGAAACUAAUGUUCCGACUGAUAACUACGAUUGUUAGACCUUUCAACGAAUAUGUUUGUUUAUCUUAAAUAAAAAAUUU